CCAAGGCAGCAGGCGCCAGCGCCACUCAUCACACACGCACCCAAAGAGCCCGACCGCUCAAGGACCAUCCUCUGAACCCGCGCCGCGCCGGUGCCUAGCUCCGGGCUCCGGCUCGCCCCCGGCCGACGAUCCGCCAUGGGGAUGGUGCUGGGCAGGAUCACGGUGGAGACGCCCAAGCACGAGGUCCUCCACGCCGGCGACGGCUACGAGGUCCGCAAGUACCCGCCCUGCGUCGCCGCGGAGUUCACCUACGACCCCAAGGAGUGGAACGGCGACGCCGACGGCGGGUUCACCGUCCUCGCCAACUACAUCGGCGCGCUCGGCAAGCCACAGAACACCAAGCCCGAGAAGAUCGCCAUGACAGCUCCCGUCAUCACCUCCGGCGGCGGCGGCGGCGAGGCGCCCUCCGAGAAGAUCGCCAUGACGGCGCCGGUCAUCACCGCCGCCGGCGCGGAGCCGGUCGCGAUGACCGCGCCCGUGAUCACGGACGGCCAGCAGGCGCCGGGCAAGGUGACAAUGCAGUUCCUGCUGCCGUCCAAGUACGCCAAGGCGGAGGAGGCGCCGCGGCCGACGGACGAGCGGGUGGUGAUCCGCGAGGUGCCGGAGAGGAAGUUCGGGGUGGUGAGGUUCAGCGGGGUGGCCGCGGACAAGACGGUGCGGGAGAAGGCGGACGGGCUCAGGGCCGCGCUGGAGAAGGACGGCUACACCAUCAAGGGCCCCUUCGUGCUCGCGAGGUACAACCCGCCGUUCACGCUCCCGCCGCUGCGCACCAACGAGGUCAUGAUCCCCGUCGAGUGACCCGGCCCACCGCGCCCGGCUACCGGCCGGCGGCUGGUCAGUGAUUCGAGUGUUCGACGUUUCAGGAGUAGCUUGUAUCUGUAUUUCGUUCGAACAUGCUGUCUUACUAGUCGAUCUUUUAAUUUUCUUGUGUAAUGAUUGUUAAAUAUGCUUAGAAGCGACGAAUAAUGGAUACUUGCUAAGGUUCUACAGUAUUUACUCUUCGAUCAA